AUGGAGGCCUCCAAACUGAGCGCGAAUGAUUCCAGUGUCUUGUCUGCACUUUUCGAUCCAGAAUCCUCACUGUCAAGCACUGUACAGGUCGAUAACAGUACGCUCGAAGACCAAUCGCCCAGCAGUCUGAAAAGGCUUGGGGAACAGGAACGACUUGCACUGAAAUCAAUCAACCAAGAACAGCCCCAACUGAGUGACAUCGAGCACUCAAUCGCUCAGUUGACCGAAAUAAUCACGGUCGAUCCCUCGUAUGCCUCUGCGUGGAACAACAGAGCGCAAGCCCGACGAAUGCUCGUUAGGGACGACGAUCUUCCCAGGAAUCCAGGCAUCGUGGCUGAGAUCUUUCAAGACCUUGCACAAGCCAUUGCACUCUCUACUCCAACUGGACCAAAGGCAACGCUCUCUGGAUCUGAUGCAAAGGUUCUUGCGUCGGCACAUACGCACCGAGGCUAUCUACUGCUGCUGGCUAGCAAGUCGGAAGACAAUCGAGAGAUGCUAGCAGCGGUGCCACAUGUCAACGCCUUAUCAACAGAGAUGCUGGAGGAAGCUGCAAGCCGGGAGCUUGUGAUUGGAGGCCGGUAUGGAAAUGAAACCGCGCGGCAGCUGGCGGUGAAGACCAACCCGUAUGCAAAGCUGUGUGGAUCCAUAGUGAGAGAAGCGUUGGCGAAGGAGAUAUCGGACUUCUACCAACCUCAUGUAGCCUUGUAUGGUGCCAAUGCAUGA